AUGUUUUGUGGUAAAUGCUCACUGACAAUUCGGUGUCCCUUUCUACCGUUAAAUGAAAUCUCAUCCUUCGUCACUACUCGUCAUUUCUCAACUACGUUAAAUGUACAAAUGAAGAAACUCAUUGAUUCCAAACGAUAUCGACAUGCUCUCGACAUUUUUGAUAAGCAAUCACACGCUGCUGAUGAUUUCGCUCUGAACAUGGCACUCAAAGCGUGCAGUAAUUUGCCAGACUAUCGACGUGGACUUGAAAUCGUUCGACAACUCUCACCCAAAUCUCUCAACAAUCCUUUCAUUCAAACAUCACUUGUUCAUUUCUACAUGAAAUCCGGUGACUUGAAGUGUGCAAUCGGCUUGUUUAACUCAAUUCCGGUGAAGACGAAUCCACUUUAUAAAACUUUGUUCGGAGGGCUGAUAUCGAUGAAAAAGUCGAAAGAAGUGUUGAAUUUGUAUGAACAGAACAAAAUGAAGUUAGACGAAGGUGUUUUUGUGAUGGUAUCAAAGGCAUGUUCUGAAAUAUGUGAUGAUCGAGCGAAGAGGAUAGGAAAAUUAUUAAUUGACGAUUUACCUGAAGAUUUGAAAGGUUCUGAAAAAGUGAUGAACUCGACGAUCUUUAUGCUGAUGAAAUUUGGAAACGUCGAUGAGGCUGAGAAACUGUUUCACCAAAUGAAACACAAAUCAAUUUACACUUAUGGUGCUAUGAUGAAAGGUUAUAACGAUAAUAAACUGUUAGAGAAAACAUUGGAUCUGUUUGAGACAUUACCAUUCGUUGCAGACGAAGCGAUCUACGCGAUGGUUUUAAGCUCUUGCUCGCAGGUUAGAGAUGGUCGUGCGAGAAGAAUUGGAAAACGGUUAAUCGAUAAUUUACCUGAAGAUUUGAAAGAUUCUGAAAACGUGAUGAAUUCGACGAUCUUUAUGCUGAUGAAUUUUGGAAACGUCGAUGAGGCUGAGAAGCUCUUUCGCCAGAUGAAACACAAGUCAAUUUACACUUAUGGUGCUAUGAUGAAAGGUUAUAACGAUAAUAAAAAGUUCGAGAAAACAUUGGAUCUAUUUGAGACAUUACCAUUCGUUGCGAACCAAGCGAUCUACGCGAUGGUUUUAAGCUCUUGCUCUCAGCUUACGAAUGAUCGUGCGAGAAGAAUUGGAAAGCAGUUAAUCGACAAUUUACCUGAAGAUUUGAAAGGUUCUGAAAAAGUGAUGAACUCGACGAUCUUUAUGCUGAUGAAAUUUGGAAACGUCGAUGAGGCUGAGAAACUGUUUCACCAAAUGAAAUACAAAUCAAUUUACACUUAUGGUGCUAUGAUGAAAGGUUAUCACGAUAAUGAAAUGUUUGAAAAAGUGUUGGAUUUCACAUGCACACGUCUAUCCAAUGAUCGAGCAUUACAAACAGGAAAAGAACUUCUGCGCAAGAUGAACAAGUCCUAUUAUAACAAUAAUAUCGUCAUCACAUCAGCCAUUCACAUGUUGAUGAAAUUCGAUCUGGUCAAUGAUGCUGAACGUUUGUUUCGUCAAGUCAAAACAAAAAGUGCUCUCACUUAUCAUGCAAUGAUCAAUGGAUACAGUCAAUUGGACGAGUUGGACAAGUGUUUUCAGCUGUUUGAUCAAAUGAAAAGUGAUCAAAUUGUUCCAAAUGAAGUUGUAUUUCUUUCAAUGAUCGGUGUUUGUGCAAAAAUUGCCAUACGCUCGGUAUCUCAGUCGGUUGCUAAUCAGUUACCUAGUCAUAUGAAAAGUAGUCGAAAUAUUCAAACUGCACUGAUUUCGAUGUGGGGCAAAAGUAGUUCAAUAGAAAAAAGUAGGGAAGUAUUUGAAUCACUGGAUGAUCCAGAUAUGGUGACAUAUAGUUCAAUGAUAAAUGCCUAUGGAUUGAACGGGAUGGGUGUUGAGGCUGUCGAACUGUAUAGAAGAAUUCCUUCUGAUUUGUGUAACGAAGUAGUAAACGUGUGUGCGUUGAAUGCGUGUUCUCAUGCCGGUUUGUUAAAUGAAUGUCGUCACAUAUUCGAUCAGAUACCUCACAAAACAACAAAGAUUGUCACCACAAUGGUUGAUUGUUUGAGUCGUUUGGCAAUGUUUGAUGAAGCAGAAUCAAUCAUCGAAGACUAUGAAAAGACAAAUCCACCUUCGUCCGCUAUGUACACGGCAUUAUUAUCUGGAGCACGGAAUGUUCGUGACUCGAAUCUGUCUAAUCGAAUCUACAAGAAAAUGCAACAACUGUUUCCUGAUGAGAAAAACACACUCAUAGCUGGUUCCGUUCUCUUGUCAAACAUUUAUUCGUCGAUUGGUGAUCAUCAUCGUGCAGAAGAUAUCCGAACCAAUAGAAUCAAACAGUUUGGAUACAAUGUGAAAGUUGGCUUAUCUUGGACUUCGGUGAACAACCAAUUGGUGCGAUUCAAAGCUCAUGAUCAUUCUCAUCCUCAAUCAAAAGAGAUCUAUGAAGAACUGCAACGUUUAUCGUGUGAGCUCCGUGAACAUGGUCACAUAUUCGACAGCAGUUGGAUCACUCGUCCAGUGAAAGAGGAUGAAACAGUGGAAAGUGUGUUGUGUGGUCAUAGUGAAAAGUUGGCGAUUGCAUUCAACUUCAUUCAACAACCACCUCCUUCCAUCAUACAAAUCAGUAAAAAUCUUCGUGUUUGUGGUGAUUGUCAUGCGGCUACGAAACUCAUAACGAAAAUGCGUCGGUGUGAAAUCAUCAUUCGGGACGCAAAUCGAAUUCAUCAUUUUUCCAAUGGAGAGUGUUCAUGUCAAGAUCAUUUCUGA